AUGUUAAUCGACGAACAAAAUGUCGAUCAAAUAAUCUCAACCAUUGGAACAAUUCAUCAAACGACGAUUGACCAACGACCUUAUGAUUUAACUGAAUAUCUUACUGAAUUUUUUCAAUUAAUUAAACAACAAACAAAUUUAUCAAAUGUAUUUUAUUUAUUAACAAAACUUUUACGUGAUUAUAUUGAUCGAGCUGCAUUAAAAAUUGAAUUUCUUAAAGCAAAUUGUCUAGAAACAAUUUCUGAAAUAUUAAUUUCUGAAGUAGAUAAUGAAGAUAAUAUUAUAUCGAUUUUUCAAUUUAUUUGUGAACUUCUUGUGAAUUCUGAAAAUGUUCAAGAAAAAUUUCUGCAUUUUAAUGGUUAUGAAAAAAUUUUUCAUUUUCUCUACCAUGUACAUUCACCAUCAAUAGAGUUUUUAAAUCAAUUUCUUAUACUUAUGACAGAAAAAACUACAUUACAAAUUGAUAGUUCCUUGACACCCGUUGAUAUAUUUGUUCAUUUUAUAAACCCACGUAUAGCUGUUAUUUUAAUACAUUGGAUACCAUAUUUAACAAAUAUUUCACUUCAACAUCAUAUUAUACAUUCAAUAAAUAUUAUUGUGUCACGUUCAUUACAAAAUAAAAUGAUGGCUUGCUCAAAUGAUAUUAUUUAUUCGUUAAUUGAUAUACUGUUUUCAAAUAAAUUGCAUGAUAAAAUUUUACUCGAUAAUAUUUUUUCAAUAUUAGAAAAAUUAGCUCGGUUUUCAAUUAAUACAAAAGAAAUUCGUCAUAUUUAUCAACUGUUUAAUGAAAAUACAUCAUGUAAACAACAAUUAUUACGUAUUUUAAUUACAGCAGCUAAACACGAUGAUUCAGAUACACAAACAAUAUCAUCCUACUUUGAUUUGCAAAGAUCAAAUAGCGGAAUUAUUUUACCAAUUAUACGUCGUUGGCCAUCAAUAUCAUCUUCAUCAUUUCAUUUUUCAUUUCAUUGUUGGCUACGACUUAAUAAUGAGAUUGAAAGUUAUCCACAUAAUGCUCGUCGUCAAGUUUAUUCAUUUUAUUCAGAUUCUAUUGGCCUAGAAUCUUUCAUAUAUAAUUCAUCAAUAUAUGUUCUAGUGAACGAUCGCCGUGAACUGGCUUAUAUUGAAAUAAAUGAAUGUGAUGAAUUAAUGGAUAAUUGUUGGCAUUCAUUAACAAUUGUUCAUACAGCACAACGUCCAUCAUUAUUUGUUGCUGCAUUUCAAACUGUAUCUUCAUGUCAUUUAGCAAUCUACAUUGAUGGUUUAUUAAAAAAACAAAUUAAAGAUUUUAAAUAUGUGCCGUUAAUCAAUGAUCCAAUAACGUCAGCUUCAAUUGGUGCACCUAGUCAACGACCACGUGCAUCAUCGAUAAAUACAAAAUCGGAUCCAUUAAAUUUAUCAACAACAAUUGCUAAAACAAUUCAACCAUUGAAAGGCUUAUUUUCACCGAAAACACGAAAUGUAAACGCACGUCAAGAAAGUCAAUUACUGCGUGGACAAAAUGUCAUAAUGAUGGAGCCUAAUAGUCAAGAUGCUACUUUUGGAGAAUCGACAAGUUUACAUGGGCAACUAGCUUGUGUUUGGAUUUUAGCAGAAACAUUGAAUGAAAGCCAAGUUAAACAUUUACAUUCCAUGGGUGCUGAUUUUUGUCAUCAACUUCAUCCAAUAUCAACUAGUGAUAACUCAAUAUCGUCUGUUAUAUUCGAUCUGCUGUCAACUCGUUCUCUUCUUGUUUAUCAUCCAUUAGCAUGUAAUGGCCAACUUUGUAUCGAUAUAUCAGUUUGCACAUCUCAAAUGAAUGGUCGACUUAAUAAUGGUGCAUGUUUACGACUUCGUUCAUUUUCAGAAUCAUUAUUGAUUUUAGGUGGUUGUCCUGUACUUUAUCCAUUGUUUGAAAAAUUUCAAGAAACUGACUAUUUUGAUGGUAUGUAUUCGGAUAAUGUUUCAUCAACAGCAACUUUUGAAUCUCCAACGGAUUGGAUUAUUGUUCGUAAACAAUCACAAAAAAACUUAUCCGAUAUUGAUAAUCGUUUAAUAUCAAAUCCAAUAGCAUCUAUUAUAAAUUUACUUCGCUGUGUUUUAUCAUCGACAUCAAUGUCAAUUUUAAUUGAACAAAUGACAAAACAUUAUAAUGUUGAAUUAUUGGGACAACAUUUAAAUCGUGUAUCAUCAUUUUUUAUCGAUCAACAACUACUUAUUGCAAUUCAACAAUUGAUUGAAUGCAGUCGUUUGAAUGAAUCAUCCUAUUUAUUAACAAAUCAAUUAAUUCAAUAUAUUUUACUUGAUUUUGGCCUAUGGAAUAAAGCUAAAUAUGAUGUCAGAAUAUCACAUUUACAAUAUAUUGCAGCAGUGAUCAAAGAUGAAAGAAAAUUUUAUCGAACAAAAUUUGGUGUUCAAUAUUUUUUAGAUAUUAUUCGACAAUAUUUCAAUUCGCCAGAAGAAGAUCUUGAUGAACAAAAACAAUUACGUAGUGCUGUUUAUGGUAUUAUGAAAUAUUAUGUUCAACGUAAUAUACACAUGGAAGAACUUAAUGCUGUAAUAUCAUCGAUAUCAACUUUUUCAACAUCAAAUGAUAUUAUAACACAAGAAUUACUUGAAUUUAAUCUUGCAUUGCUUUAUCCGCCAUCAAUAUCAACGGAUGGAACCAUAGGACUUCUUUGUGAACCAAAUAUGAUCGAAGGUCUUUAUUCUUUAUUGACAGUAAAUAAUCUAACAAUUAAAACAAAAGAAAUCGUUUUGAAAAUUAUUAAAUGUCUUAUGGAUUCUCGACGUGUACCACAACAAGUACGAACACAAUUAAGAUUAGAAACAAAUCAUAUUGGAUUUGGUGGAAUUAUAUCAGAUUUAGCACCUGAAUCAUUGAGUGUAUCCAUUAUACGAGAGAUUUUGAAUUUAAUAAUAAACUCGGAUUCUUCCAUUGAUGUUGAUCAACUUAAUAUUGUAUUGAAACUGUGUAGUGCUGCUUCACUUGAUGUUCGUUAUGUAGCUAUGCGUAAAUUAAUGAGCUGCUUUAUCGCACAUCCAUCUGUAUGUCGUUCGUAUGUUAAAUCUCAUGGUUGGCAAGAAACACUAGCUCAUUUUUUUGUUAAAUUUCGUCGUUCAAUAUCAACACAAUCAUCUCAAUGUUUAAUAUCAUCAAAUGCAUCAAAUGAGUUUCUUGCAGUAGGGAACACCGAUCAAAACAAUGAUCCUGAUAAAGAAAAUUCUACUAGUAGAAGUAAUGAUAAGAUUAAUUUUGAAAAUUUAUCAACACGACCACAACUAUUCGAAACAUCAUUGAGUUCAGACGAUCGAAAACAAGAAAGAACUGUACGACAACUUGAUUUAUCACCCAUAGCCGAUGAAAAUGCUCAUACAAAUUUAAAUCGAACAGUUUCAUCAUCAGCACAGGAACUAUUAACACCAAAAUCGCGUCGUACAUCAAUUAAUCCUUUUAUCGACAGUAAAGAUGGAACACCGGAAUUUCUUCAAAGAAAUAGUGAAGACUUUCAACCAAAUACAUUUGUAACAGUAACAACACCUUUGCAAUCAUCUCCAGCUAGUCAUGAAGAUCUUGUGUCAAUAGUUAAAAAAGAAAAUUCAACCGAUGAUUUGACUUCAAUGAAUGGUAGCAAUGAUGCUCUAUUUCCACUACCAAGAUCAACUACUAUUACAAGUAUAAAGCAUCUUUAUAGUGAUGAAGACAACAAUGAGCAGGCUGGACGACUCGGUCCCGAAGUCAGACAGAUUUUAGGUUGGCUUAUUUAA